AUGCAUUGUUGUUGUAAACUGCAAGAAAAGAAUAGCAAUAAUAAUAAUAUGUAUGCAUUGUGUGAAAGGCUUAAUUUCUCUUAUAUCUUUUAUUCAUUUGUAUCAAAAAAUACAAAGUUUAGUUCAGCAGAUCCAAAACCACCAGGUAUUAAUUACCCAAUUUUAGGAUCACUUCCCUACUUGACAAAAGAUCCUCACAAGGCAAUCACCAAAUACACUGGCGAUGAGGCUAUGCUUAGUCUUUGGAUGGGUGAUUACUACACCAUCGUAGUCAGCGAUCCAGCAUUGGUAAAGGAAAUUUGGAACAAGAAUUUCGAUAUCUUUUCAGGUCGUGUUCUUACACCACUCGGUAAGAUUCUAAGUGGCAGCGGUAAGAAUAUUCUUACUUCUGACUAUGAAAAUUGGAAACCAAUUCGCUCUCACGUCUCCACCAGUUUCACCAAAACCAAAUUGAAGCAAUUGAACAACAUUGUCGAGGAUCAUACCAGACAAUUUGUUAAUUGUUUGAAAUCAUUUGAAAAGUCUGGUUUACCUUUGGAACCAAAUCCAUAUUUAAAGAAAUUCUCAAUGAAUAUUAUUUUAAUGAUUGUAUUUUCUAAACAAAUUCCAUAUGAAGAAUCUGUAUCUGAAGGUGUCGCUGCCGAGUUGAUUUCAUCGAUCGAAGACAUCUUUAAGCAAACCUCACAGGGUACCGUAUUGAAUUUCCUACACAUCUUUGCUCCAGUUUUCUAUCUCAUGAGAAAUAAAGUUGCUGCCAAUUUCAAUAGAUGUAAGAAUUUCAUUGAAGAACAAAUCUACAAAGAGAAAUUAAAAGAUUUCGAUCCAAAAAAUCCAAAGGAUUUAUUUGAAGAAUUAAUGAUUGAAUUCAAUGAUACUGAUACUGUGUUGAGAAUCGCCACUGACUUGUUGUUGGGUGGAACUGAUACUACUUCUACCACUAUGCACUGGUUCCUCUGGCACAUGGCAAACUAUCCAGAGAUUCAAGAGAAGAUGUACCAAGAGAUUGUCGAAGCCUCUGGAAAGUCAACAUUCGUCACCAACGAGUACCGUCCAAAGACUCCAUACUUCUUGGCGGUGCUCAAGGAGAUCAUGAGAAUCAAACCGACUGCACCACUAGGUCUCAAUCGUAGAUGUGAUCAAGACAUUGUUAUCGGUGGCUAUUUCAUCCCCAAGGGAACUCAGAUGCUCACCAACCAGUACGGUAUCAUGAGAAACGAAAAGUACUUCCCCAAAGCCGACCAAUUCCUCCCAGAGAGAUUCAUGAAUGACCAAACCAACGAUGCAUGGAUACCAUUUGGUAUUGGACAAAGAAACUGUAUUGGAUUAAAUUUGGCAAUGGAUGAAUUAUAUAUUGGAUGUACCAAUAUCUUAAUGAACUUUAAGAUUAGUUCAUAUAAUGGCAAGCCGAUUCCAGAUGAAGAAGUAUUCGGAGUAUGUCUCUAUCCAAAGGAAUAUCAACUCAGACUUGAAUCACGAUAA